GCGAGCCCCGGCUUGGGAAGCGGCGGGGGGAGAAGCUGAGCGCAGCCGUGGACGAUGUGUACCUGCGGGCGGUGAAGCAGCGGCCGUGGCCGGGAGCGCCUGCGGUCACUUCCAGGAAAGGAUGCCACAGACGCCUCUCUUUGCAGCUAUGUUUGACAGCAGCAGCUACAACAGGAACCUGUAUCAGUCAAAAGAGGAUACCUGUGGAGGGCUCUAUUACCAUGACAACAACCUCCUGUCAGGGUCUCUGGAAGCUCUGAUCCAACACCUGGUACCCAAUGUAGAUUACUAUCCUGACAGGACAUAUAUCUUCACCUUCCUUCUCAGUUCACGUCUGUUCAUGCAUCCGUAUGAGCUCAUGGCCAAAGUCUGCCACCUGUGCGUUGAGCAGCAGAGACUAACUGAGCCAGGCCUGGACAAGAACUGGAAUCAAAAAAUUGCGCCCAAAAUCCUGCAAUUGUUGACUGAAUGGACAGAGACAUUUCCUUAUGAUUUCCGAGAUGAAAGAAUGAUGAGGAACUUAAAGGAGUUGGCACAAAGAAUAGCCAGUGGUGAUGAGAUCUAUCGGAAGAACGUUCAGCAGCUCCUCCAGAACCUGAUUCGGAAGCUCUCCACUGUUAGCCAGUAUGAGGAAGUACUUGCAAAAAUUGAUGCCACGUCCACAGAUCGCCUCACGGUUCUAAAGACCAAGCCCCAGUCCAUCCAAAGGGACAUAAUCACAGUCUGCAAUGAUCCCUACGCAUUAGCUCAGCAGCUGACACAAAUAGAGCUUGAGAGACUCAAUUAUAUUGGACCAGAAGAAUUUGUCCAAGCGUUUGUACAAAAGGAUCCUUUGGAUAAUGACAAGAGCUGCUAUGGAGAUCAAAAGAAGACCCGGAAUCUGGAAGCUUACGUGGAAUGGUUUAACAGGCUCAGUUACUUGGUUGCAACAGAAAUCUGUAUGCCGGUGAAGAAGAAGCACAGAGCAAGAGUGAUAGAAUAUUUCAUUGAUGUGGCACGAGAAUGUUUUAACAUUGGCAACUUUAACUCCUUAAUGGCUAUUAUUUCUGGCAUGAAUAUGAGUCCUGUGUCUCGGUUAAAGAAAACUUGGGCAAAAGUGAAGACAGCCAAAUUUGAUAUUCUUGAGCAUCAGAUGGACCCUUCUAGCAAUUUUUAUAAUUACCGAACUGCUCUGCGUGGAGCCGCUCAAAGGUCCUUGACAGCUCACAGCAACAGAGAGAAGAUUGUAAUACCUUUCUUCAGCCUCUUGAUCAAAGAUAUUUACUUCCUCAAUGAGGGUUGCGCCAAUCGUCUUCCAAAUGGUCAUGUCAAUUUUGAAAAAUUUUGGGAAUUGGCAAAACAAGUCGGUGAAUUUAUGACAUGGAAGCAGGUGGAGUGUCCUUUUGAAAGGGAUCGGAAGAUUCUGCAGUACUUGCUCACUGUCCCAGUCUUCAGUGAUGACGCACUUUAUUUGGCUUCCUAUGAGAGCGAAAGUCCUGAGAAUCACGUUGAAAAGGACAGAUGGAAGAUGCUAAGGUCAGCGCUUCUGGGCAGAGCCUAGUGCACAAGAUAGCUGCCGUUUCUGCCAUUGCUACGUUAUGUGGAUUACCAAGGGGCACAGCUUGGUUUAUUUUUCUGAACACUGAGUGGCAUUCAAAGUUAUAAAAAAAUGUGCAGUCAGUCGCAAUAUUGUGUCAGCAAAGAUGAAACGAGUUAACUCAAGAACAAACAGGCAGCUUCUCACAUGUGACAUACGAGAUAAAAUCACAGCCCACUCAGCUGUGAUUCAGGCUUAAGUAUUGAUUGAGGACAGCGCUGACAGAAUCCUUUGAAGACCUCAGAUGCCGCCUAUGAAUCAUUUCACACCUGGAUGGAAUAAUUUUCCCCCUUCCUUUUGCUGCAGCUUGCUGCUACAAGGACUCUGUGGAGUUGAUAGUAGAUUACAGAGGGGAAAAAAUCACCUUUCCUUUCAGUGAAACCCAAGUCUGUAUUGAAGAACUUCCAUUCCUAAUAAGCUGAAUAUAGCCAGGAACUUUGCCUGAUCAGGAUUGCUAAGAAGGGAAAGGACUGGACACAACAAAUUGGCUGCUGGGGAGUGUUUCUCCCCACCACUGUAAUGGUGGCUGGGUUUUUUUUUGUUAUGUUUUUGAGUUGGCUGCUGGUAGGCAAACUCAUUGUUAUUUUAAGUUAUUUAAAAAAAAUAUAAAGUAAUAAAAAUCAAGGCUGUUGUAGAAAACACCUGCUGCAAAAAUAUAGUAGCUAUGUAGCUUGGACUACAAUUUUUAGGGAGGCUUUUUCUUUCUUUCAGCUGUUUACAACUAACCAUUACGUGCUACAGACAUUCUUAUUUUUACUAUACAGUUUUGUUACUCUAAUUUUCCAUACUUGACCUUCUUCUUAUAUUAGGUUGAACAAGCUGACUUUUCUAGAAUAGUCUUUGAGAAACUGGUGUACAAACUGCACUGAAAUAUGAAAGUAUGUUUUUAUUAAGUCAUUUAUAUAACUCCUUUUUUUUGAAAGGGUAAGAAUGGAGAACACAAUCCACUUUGACUGAAAUAGCAAGAUGCCAAAAAGAAAAAAAGAUGAGGCUUCUUCUCAGCUACAGCUAUGAACAAAACAGUCUCCCUGUGUAUUUGCUUUAUGGAUUAUGUUUAUGACUGCGAAGUAGUACACAUCUAAUAAGUUCAUAGUAGCUCUGAAUACUUAGUCACUCUAUUUAUCCUAUGAAGAACCCAAUGGAAAAAAAAAAAAAGAAACUGUAGCUGUGGAUCACCCUGGACACAAAAUCACUAAGCAAAAGCACAUACUUGGCAGAAAAGGUAGUUGCAAUUAUCCUGCCACUGUUAUUUAAAUAAGAAAAGAAAUAAGAAUAAAUAUAGCUAUUUGUUGCACUGAUUCUCUUGAGUUUUAAGGUAAGCUGCUUUUUAUGUCCUGUCCAUGCCUUCUCAGGCAAGUAUUUAGUUUUUUAAUUCUGUAAGAACAUGCUGAAGUAGCUUUCAUCAAUGGGGAUACUGUCCUUAACUGCAGCCCAUUUGCUGGUACAAGGUGCUGGAAGUUACAUAUUCCAUGAACACCAGCACCAGGGCCUCAAGCCCCGAUGGUGGAGGAGGAUUCCUCUCUUUCUCUCCCAUUCGCUGAGUUAGGGUGAAGGAGAAAGAAGAGGCUAACUCUUUGAAAGGAAGAGACUGCUUCUGCAGUUCACAGACUUACCUCCUAGCUUUCAUCAGGUGAGGUCUUUUCCCAUCUUCCCCUCUAGAUCCUUCCCCAAUUGUUCAGGCUUAUAGGCAGGACCUAGUUUAUGUAAAAAGCUGGGGAAAACUGUGUAUUCCUCUUCCAUGUCUUCUGAAAGUAGGAAUAUAAGGUACAUAAAUGAGCUUCCGUGACACAAUAUUUGCUAUCCUUUUUAACCUGCUUUUUGAGACCUGCUGAAAUCGAUCCAUAGGUCCUGAGUGAACUGGUGAAUGAAGUUGCUAAGCCACUAUCCAUCAUAUUCGAGAGGUUGUGGCAGUCUGGUAAAAGGCCCACUGACUGGAAAAGUGGAAACAUAACCCCCAUUUUUAAAAAGGGGAUAAAAGGAAGACCUGGGGAACUAAAGGCCAGUCAGUCUCACCCCUGUGCCUGGUAAGAUCAUGGAGCAGAUCCUCCUGGAAACUAUGCUAAGGCACAUGGAAAAUAUUGAGGUGAUUGGUGACAGCCUAUAUGGCUUUACUAAAGGCAAAUUGUGCCUGACAAAUCUGGUGGCCUUCUACGAUGAAGUUACAGCAUUGUUGGAUAAGGUAAGAGAAACUGACAUCAUCUGCUUGUACAAUGUGUUUGACGCUGUCCCACACAACAUCCUUGUCUCUAAAUUGGAGAGACAUUGGUCGCACUCAAAGAGUGGUGGUCAAUGGCUCAAUGUCCAAGUGGCAGCAAGUGACGAGUGGUGUUCCUCAGGGGUCAGUACUGGGACCAGUAGCUAUUAUUCAACAUGUUUGUUGACACGUGGACAGUGGGAUUGAGUGUACCCUCAGCAAGUUUGCUGACGACGCCAAGCUCUGUGGCGCAGUUGACAUACUGGAGGGGAGGGAUGCCAUCCAGAGGGACCUGGACAGGUUUGAGAGGUGGACCCAUGUGAGCCUCAUGAAGUUCAACUAGGCCAGGUGCAAGAUCCUGCACCUGGGUCGGGACAAUCCCAAGCACAAAUACAGGCUGGACGGAGAAUGGAUUGAGAGAAGCCCUGAGGAGAAGGACUUGGGGUAGUUGGUUGAUAAGCUCAACAUGACCUGGCAAUGCAUGCUUGCAGCCCAGAAAGCCAACCGCAUCCUGGGCCGCAUGAAAAGAAGCGUGGCCAGCAGGUCAAGGGAGGUGAUUCUGCCCCUCUCAUGAGACCCCACCUGCAGUACUGCAUCCAGCUCUGGGGCCCCGACAUAAGAAGGACAUGGAGCUGUGGGAUGUCCACGAAGAAGGGCCACAAAGAUGAUCAGAGGGCUGGAUCAACUCUCCUACGAAGACAAGCUGAGAGAGUUGGGGUUUUUCAGCCUGGAGAAAAGAAGGCUCUGGGGAGACCUUAUAGCAGCCUUCUAGUACUUAAAGAGGGCCUAGAAGAAAGCUGAAGAGGGAGUUUUUACAAGGGCUUGUAGUGAUAGUAUGAGGGGUAAUGGCUUCAAACUGGAAGAGGGUAGAUUUAAAUUAGAUAUAAGAAAGAAAUUUUUCACUGUGAGGGUGGUGAGGCACUGGAACAGGUUGCCCAAGGAAGUUGUGGCUGCCCCAUCCCUGGAGGUGUUCAAGGCCAGGCUGGAUGGGGCUUUGAGCAGCCUGGUCUAGUGGGAGGUGUCCCUGCCCAUGGCAGGGGGGUUGGAACUAGAUGAUCUUUAAGGUCCCUUCCAACCGAAACCAUUCUGUGAUUCUAGGAAAAGCCGGAGGGUUGAAUACAGGGUUAGCUUACCUGUAAAAAUAACUUCUCUGUUUCCCUCCUUCAUUGUAACACGGUUUGACUACUCGCCUGGUUUAGAAAUAGGUUUGUUAUUUAUGCAGUUGGAAUUAAGCCUUUGUAAAUAAAAGGACAAAUAGCAUUAUGCAGCCUUCAUCCGGAUCGCAGGCUCUGUUAUCUUGUGGGCCAGCUUCUUGCGGAGAAAAGGCAGCACAUACCAGAGGGAUUGCUAUGGACAAGACGGCUGCUGCCUUGGCACAGAAGCUGGGCAGCAGGUACAGGAACCUGUGACUGGUGCUUGAAAGGGGAAUGCAAAUUGCCUAGCCCUGGGCAGGCCAGAGGCUGCUCCUGUAAGCAUUAAUGAACUCAGUGUUUGAUGUUAGAGUGAUACGCUCUGCACUGUACCCUCUGCUCCAUCACUUGGUGCAGCCACUGUGCUGAGCUUUAAUUUUGACCAUCCUGAGCUACUGUCAGACUGUUGAACUGUUGGCUUGGCAACAGCUGUUCACACCUGUCUGUAGCAAAUAAAAGAGAAAAUGGCUGAAUCUUCUAUGGCUACCCGCUCCUAGAGGAAACAUCACAAACUCUCUGAGGAGUUGCGAAAACUCAUUAACUCUACAAGUUGAGUGUUCAGCCAGGACUGAAAAUCCCAGCUCCAUGCUGGCAGAUGCUCAGUGCUUAAAGGGGACAGAAGCAACGUUGAAGUCUCGUGUAUAAGUGGCUCAAACAGUACGUACUUCUUUAUGGUGCAGAGGCGAAAACUGUGGGUCUUACGGACCCAUAUGAACCAACUUGUUCAUGUGUCUGCAUGUCUGGCUAAGUCCACAAGAACAAUACCUGUCCUUAUCAUCCAAAUAUUGCCUUUUUUUCUCCUACUUGGAUAGAGCUUCGUGGCAUCAUCAUGAAAGAAUAGUUGCAUGCAAUACUGUGCAAAAGCCUAUUUACAACUGUCAUCUCUAAAAGAACAAGCAAGAACUUAUACUUCCACGUGGUUUUUUGGGGGUUGUUGGGUUUUCGGGGUUUUUCUUCAGCCUUCCUAGACAGCCUGUUCUUGACAGAGCUGAAACUGGUCCUUGAUCUAGCACUAAAAAGAACUUUUUUUUGGAUAAUAAGCAGAAUGUCGUUCAUUUUCCAGGACUAUCAUUCUUCUGGGGAAUUUUUCCUGUCACUUUGGUUGGCUUUCCUUGUUGUGUGCAGCAGGACCCCUUGUGGGCUUCGGGCAGUAUUUCUGCUGGAAAAGAAGAACAAUUCUUUGGUAGUGUACCAGCGUUUGAUUUUUCUCUCAGCUCCUCUCUGUCUCCUCUUGGUCAUGCUGAGCCGGAUUUUCCCCACAUAAAGGGAGAUGCUAAUCCCUAGAGAUGCAUUCCCUCACAGCUGCAUUUAUCCUGCUGCUAUCAGUCAGAUACGGAUAGCCUGCUUCUACCAAGCAACAGUAUCCCAACCUGCGCUUUAUGGCCAUGGGGUCCUGUGUCAUGAGCUGGUUUUUAGCUUGAGAACACAGCUGGGAGAGCUUGAGAACAAGUCUGAAAUCCUUUCAAGGGAGCUAGUCUGUUUACAAGGUUACUGUUGUUACUUAUCUGCUAAGCUGACACUUCAGACUCAAAAUUGAUAAAGUUCAGUCAGGCUAAAAGCAAGAGUUUAGUGCCAGAAAGCAUAUCAUUUGGCACCAGCAGACACUUUGCCAUUAUUCCACUGUGCUGCACUAAGCUCUUGUGGAACAUGUUUUUUUGUUUCUCCUUUAUUAGAAAAUUUUAGCUACAGUGCGACCCAAAAGGGCCAAGUAAACACACUGCCUUUCUUUCAUGGAGAUUACUUUUCAGGAAGAAAAGUGUAAAAGAUAAUGUGACUAAAGCAGCUGUUUUUCACCGGUUAUUUAUGUAGCCAAAGCAAUCUGAGUGUCAAUGGCACCGUGGGGCAGGAUUCUCUGCUUUCUGUUAGAGCUUUUCUCCCCUGCCCCUGUCAAGGUUGGAAGGGGAAGUGGUUCUUAGGUGGACCUCUAGCUGCAGUUGAAAGCAGCAUUUGGAGCCAGAGAGCCACAGACAACACAAAGCACCUGUCUUGGUGUUACGGAAGGAUCCUCUGUAAGCCCUGAAGUUCGGUCAAGUGGUCGAAAGAUGAAAUAGCUUUCAUUGGAAAGAACCAGUAAGCCAUCACCCAGUCCAGGGAGCUCUGAUAAACACUAGUGGGAAGGGCGGGGGGAGGCAGGGGGAGAGGAGUCCCUUGGCCUUUCAACUGCUUUUCUUUAUUGUCUCAUAACUCAGUGCAUUUACAUUUGGGAUGCCUCACUGCUUUUUAUAUGCAUUUUUAUGGGGAGAAAAGUGUAUAUAGAAGACCAUCACAAAGAGCUGUGGCUGAAAGUUCAGGGCUGGUGACUCAGAAGGGAGUGAAUGAUGUGGGCAAAGCAGUUCAGAGAAGCUCACCUUGUUGUCAAACAGAUCGACCUCGUUUGUAUGAAUCAAUGUUAUCAACACCUAUUGAUAAUGCUGUCUCCAAGGACAGAAGUAUGUUUUGAAGCUACCAUGAGGGCCGUUAAAGCAACCACCUUGAUGCUUUGUUUUUUAUUUAACCGUAAAGGUACUAACACAUUUGGACAGCCAACGUUCCUGGCCAGUACCUUUUUCUCUUUGUGUGUGCAACUGCAAUAGAGGCUUUACUAUUUACUCCAGAGAAACACACUAACAUUUUCUUUGCUGUGUCUCUCAGAGCUGGGCCAUCUUCCACAUUUCUAAUCUUGCCAACCUACUCAAAAUUGAAAGUAUGAAAAAAAAGACAGAAUACAUGUGAAAAACUGUGCUUCUUGCUGACCUUAACAUAUACGGGACGACUGUUUUCACUAAAUGUUGGUGGAAAGUCGGAAAUAAUUAGGGCUGGGAGCGAGUCAGUCAUUUCAGGAGGAGUUGCACUUUCCUUAGAAGACCUCUUCUUCCCCGGGCAGUUCACACAGUUGCAGUUCUGCUUUUCUGUAAAAGAAGCGAGAGGAGGAUCUGUGGAGUAACAGAAAAGAGGAUCUGGUAGAAAGUGAAUUGGCGUCCCUUUCCUGAGACACACAUCACCUAGUUGUGGCCCGUGGUAUUGAACAGAAAGAAGUGCAAGCAAGGAAAGUUUAGGUUACAGUAGUUUGUUUGACGUGCGUAUGUUGAACUGCAGUGCGCUGACAAAGCAGCUCCACUCAUACUUGGAAAUACCAUAGCGACUCUCUUAUAAAGGGUGCCAGAAAUAUGCUCUAUCUGCUAGACCAGGCAAUAGUGAUCUUUUGCUUUAAAGGAAAUAACACGAAAUUGCAAUGGGAUUAACCUGGUACUAUGACAGCAGAAGUUGAUAUAAAAUCAGAGCAAUAUGUAAGGAACAUACUCACCAGUGUGGUUAGCUGAUAGUUUAGAAAACUAACAUGUGAAACAUGAGAAAAAAAACAAGUAAAGGAUAUGUUUAUUGGGGUGCACACAGCAUGAUGUUUCUUGCUACUGCUGCUGCCAGGGUAACAACAUACUCUGAUGCUAACAAUGGAGAAUGUUACCAUGUCUCCUUAAUUUCUGUUUGAGCAAAUGUAUUACUUUUUUGGUACUCGUUUCUAACAGUGUUAAUUUUUUGACAAAAUUUUUCUUACAGUCCAUACAAAAUCAAAUAUUUUCAUCCUACAAGGUUGCUUUUAUAGUACAGAGUUUUAUGACACAGUACACCUUUUGUUGAUGUGCUAUUAGAUUCUUAUUAUGCUUAAGGAAAAGUCGAUCACCUUCUUUAAAAGCAAAACAUGCAUUUAUGUAAGUCCAUUUGUAUUUCUGUCUAUACAAA